UACGGUCACCCUGGCGGCCGCGUACAACCAUAUAUAUUGUUCGGCGUUCGAAACUUGUUUGGAAAACACUUUCCGGUCUGUAGGUCUCUGUAUAAACAUUUCUCUUAUAUUAAUAGUAUGUGGGUAGUGUUGAGUGUUUGUUUGGUGGCUGUUCUUCUUCUGAAGUUGGCUUUGAUUGUUCACGAUACGGUGAAGAUAUGGAGAGCCGUGAAUAAGCUGCCAAGCCCGCCCGGAGCGCACUGGCUGGCCGGGCACACCAACCAGGGUCCGUACGACCCGGGGUUCCAAUGGCUGCUGGACACUGUGGCCGCCUUCCCCCGCGCCUACACCCUGUGGAACGGCCCCGUACCGAUGCCCACGCUGGUCCACCCGGACACCAUUAAACCCUUGCUGACCAGCCCCACGGGCUCCGUCAAGUCACCGCUGUAUCUACUCUUCGAUGACUGGAUCGGGAAGGGGCUGGCUCUCUCCGACGGCGCGCUGUGGAAGCGGCACCGCCGGCUGCUGACUGGAUCCUUCCACUUUGAUGUCCUGAAGACCUACGUGCCGGUUUACAACGAGUGCGUCGAGGUGCUCCUCGGCAAAAUGGUCAAGUUAGCAGCCGAGGGUAAACCCAUGCAAGUUGAGCACGAGCUUGGUCAGUGCACCUUCGAUAUCAUUCUACGCACUGCUUGCUCCCACCACUCAAAUUGUCAGCUUAAGGAGCCGUUAAAAGAUGGGGAAAUGGACCUCCUAUCAGCGACUAACACCAUGACAAGAAUCGUCACAUCACGAAUGGUUGGCAACCCUCUGUACAUCAACCCGUGGAUGUUUCGCCUCUUCAGCCCUCAGUAUCCAGCCUGGGAGAGGGCCGUUGGGUACGCCCACAAAGUGGGAGAUGGGCUGAUCUCAAAGAGGAAGGAGGAACUCAAGAAGAAGAUGGAGGAUGGGGACCCUUUGACUUCCCCCCGAGAUUUCCUUGAUACCCUUCUCCUUGCACGUGACGAAGAUGGCGUCAGCCUUAGUGAAAAGGAGAUCGCUGACGAAGUCAACACGUUCCUCUUCGGUGGACACGACACCACGUCUAGUACCAUGACGUGGGUGCUGUAUGCGAUGGCCAAGUACCCUGAGCACCAGACUCGGGUCAGGGAGGAAGUGGACGAGUUGCUGGCUGACAGAGACUCUGAUUGGAUCACCAGCAAUGAUCUGAGCAGUCUGGAGUACACGUCUUUGGUGAUCAAGGAGGUCAUACGGAUGUACUCCCCGGUCAUGUUGCCGUCCCGCAGUCUGACUGCUCCCUACGAUGUCGACGGCAUCACGCUGCCUGUAGGCACCACAGUGGCCAUCAACCUGUACCAACUCCACCACAACCCGACCGUGUGGGGCCACGACCACAUGGAGUUCAAUCCCGCCCGGUUCCUGCCAGGGAACCUGGCCGCAUUGGACCCCUUCGCUUACCUCCCGUUCUCCGCUGGGCCUCGCAACUGCAUCGGGCAGCAGUUCGCCUACAACCAAGUCCGGUUCUUGACCGCCAGGAUCCUGAAGCGGUUCCGCUUGAGUCUGGCGAAGGGUGAACCGGAGCCCGUGCCCUGUUUGACCAUCGUGGUCAGACCGGUGCAAGAAAUACUUCUCAACCUGGAACCCAGGAAUCUGUAAAGUAUGCGGCGCG